AUGGCUGUGCCGAGUGUUACUAGCGACAAUUUCCUCGCUGUUGCUCUUGUAGUCAAUCGCUCUCGCGAUGGCCCAGCAUUUGUGUUCCACUACCCAGCAAACAUCGAACCUCAUUCCAAGCCAAGUUCUUCUGCAGGUGCCGACCUUGAGGAUAUUCUUCUUGAACGGCUCUCGCAGCAGAGCUUCUCGGAUGUUGCCGACGACGUACCUCUCCCUAAGCAAGGACGCAACGCAGACGAGCACUCUUUUACUGAAUCUGGAUCUCAGAUUGUUCCGUGGGAACGUGUUGCAGGCUUCCCUGCUCGCGAUCUUGCGGGAAUUCUGACUCCCGCCCGCCCCUACCACAAGAAGCUCUUUCAACUGUCAUUAGAUCCACUAUAUUGUGUAUCUUACCCUAUCCACGUCCCUGAAAAUGGCAGAUGGAAGAAGCCGAAGAAGGCAUCCCGCGCUGAUAAGCGCUCUGCGUACAACGAAGAACAACCAGCGCCUCAUGAGGUCGAUCCUCUACCUUCAGGAAAGGCGCCUGAGCAACCCGUAGAGGAAAAGGACGGCAAGAAGGAAGAUGGUAAGGACAAGGACGAUGAGAAACGCAGCUCCAUGACUAUGUUUAACCUCGUCUUCAUCCUUAACCCUAGCAGUAACGAAGUUAAGGAUGUUGUUGAAUCCAUGUACGACCACAUUAUAAAGAAGGUUAGCAAGGCCUUCAAAUACAGCCAGCAACAUAGCGAAUUUGUGUGGAAAGAGUCGAAACGAAUACUUGUCGCCAAGGACAAGGCGCGAGAGGAGCGGAAACGAAUGAGUGUUCUUUGGAAAGAAAUACUUCAGAGCUCAUCACUGGCCGCUGCCAUGCACGAUAUAUAUGAGGCAGUGUCUCAAAACAAGAUUGCCGCUCUGCAUCUCGAUACUGCAGCUGGCUCUCUGACCCCUUCGGUUCAGAUUCCUAUUCCUUUCUACAUCGAUGACCUCCCCCAGGGCGAAGAGGGGACCCAGCGCGGCCUUUGGCUCACCACCGCCAAUACCUUCAUCAGUCAGGAUGCCCUCGAGGAGCCUGGUUUUCUUGAUCGCAACUUUGCUCUGCUACUCACUGAUGAUGAAAAGAAAAUCAUCGCCGAGCUCCAGGCUGAUCCAGACCCAACUACAGCCUCAAUGGUUGAAUUUGUACGGCUGUCAAAGCCAACACAAUCAUUCUACCAAGUUGGUCAAAGCAACAUCUUGACUCUGGGCCAAGUGCGAAAAUAUGCUCAGCAUUUUAUAUUCUGGCGUCGGGCCAUUGCUAUCCCUCCCCUCCACGCCAAGGAUCAAUAUAUACUAUCUCCCAAUAGUGACUUAUCCCGUCUUCCUAUGGAUACUUUAGAAUGGCAGAGAGCGUUCCCCCUGGCUCCACCACUUCCGAACUUCCUCGCUGAGCUCUCACAAGCACCUCGUCCAUACAAGCAGUUUUCGCCUAGCAAAGCCCACCGCCCGACCUAUCUUCUUAUGCUUUCCUGGCUCAUGCGCCGCGGUUGGGUGACCCAACUCUGUACAUUUGCCUACGUCGUCGUCUGGCCUGAAAUCAUGUACGAGGUUGAGUACGAGAUAGAAGCCGAGGAGCUCCGUGCCGCCGCGGAUGCAGAUGCGUACAAAAGCAAAGAAAAAGAGGCCAAAGACGAUGCCUCUACGUCUGCUUCGGUCCCACGCACCUCCGAGUCUUCCGAAGGCCACUCCGGCACUGACGGCUCUCAUGUCCCCACCGUUGCCGAGCAGGCCGCAGAGAAAGCCCGUCUCGAACGGAUUGCCUCUAAAGCCCAGCGCGAUGCUGCUGAAAAGGCGACAGCACAUGCUCGUAAGCCUGUCCCAGUCGCAACGGCACAUCCCUCUGUAAACGACCACCCGCAUCUCCAAGGCUUGACACCUCACAUCAUCCUCGAUGCCAAGAAGGCCACCGGCAAGGAAUCACGCUACCUGUCCGCCAUCGCCCGUCGUUUCAAUGACGAAAAACUAGCAAACAGCUGGCAGGUUAUGUGCAAGUAUUUUGAUGGCCGAUGUGCCUUGGAACGCAUCGCUUUACAGGAGGACAUGAAGCGGAAGCUGCUAUGA